UGAGGUAGAUUACUCUUGAACAUUGCAGUUAUUUCAUUGGUCCGCGGACCGCGAACUUGAGAUGGUUUACGGGGGAUGCAUAUGGAGAACAGUUUUGAGCCACUCCAAGAUUGCGCUGCAGCUGUGUGGGGAGCGUCUGAGCACUGAGCAGUCGUUUGGGGGUUAACCUUAACACAUAGCGAUACGAGACAGAUUAACCAAAUGCUUUAUCUGUCGAAGGCUCAAUCGCGCUCGUCAGUCAGUUAUUGACAUCGAAGUGGCUGCCUAUUGCCGCGUCGGGAAAUUGUGUUUUUCUAUAGCCAUGUCAAGGACUACAGCUGCGACGCCAAGAAAUCACGUGUAGAACCAGCCGUGUACAGAGGGAACAUGGAACUGUUUGAAAGGACGUUUAAAUAUCGGUUUAUGGGCGGCUCUUCCCUGGCAAACUAUAGUUGACGUUUGAAGGUUUUUCGCCCGGGAAAACGACCAAUAAACCGGCAACGAUGGCCCACUCCCCAUCGGACACGGAUAAUCAGGAAGUGGGCAACGAGAAUGAAGUUUUGCUCACGGCCAUAAUGAACAACGACAAGCGCUGCCUGAUAGAGCUGCUGGUGCAGGGCUGCUCUCCGAUGGGAGACGAGUCAAAGCCCGAGGCGACAAGGCCCCUGGAUCUGGCGAUCAACCUGCAGAACCUGGAUAUGGCGAGGAUCCUGCUGCGCUACGGCGCCUACAUGACCUCGAGCCGGACGAGGCCGACGCCAACGGCGCUGCAUUGCGCCGUGCUCAGUCGGCAGAAGCCGAUGAUCCGCCAGCUGCUGGACAACAAGGCGGACUGGGCGAGCUGCGACGGCAACGGGGCGACGGCGCUACACAUGGUCUUCGAGCUGGAGGAGAUGCGACUGGAGGAAGCCGAGGAGGAGGCAGUGCGGCCGAGAAGCAAGGUGGCCAGGCGAGAGUUCAGCGUGGAGCAGGAGAUCAUCGAGAUCGCGACGAUGCUGUUGAACGCGGGUUGCAACGUGAACGCCGAGACGAGCGCGGGCGAGACGCCGCUGUUUCUGGCGCUGAAGCGCGGCAUGAUCGAGGUGGCGGGCUUCCUCAUCGAGCGUGGCGCCAACGUGCACGUACGCGACAACCUGGGCAACUCACUGAUCCACCUGCUGAUCAGCGACGAGCUGGACGAAGCCGACAUGGACGAGGGCGUCGAGGAGGACUCCUUCGCGCAGAAGAACAACGCGACCUUCGUCAAUUGGCUGCUUAGCAAGGGCGUCAACGCCAACUACAAGAACGCGCGCGGCGAGAUCCCGCUGCAGCUGGCCAUCGAAUACCGACUGCGAGACACGCUACUGGUGCUGCUCAAGCACGUUAACGUGCGCUACGUCAACGACGAGGGAGAGACUUGGCUUCACGUGUUCGUCAAGAUGUAUCAGGCGGUGGGCGGCGGCCGCAGUACAUCCGACGACUUCCUGUCAAUCAGAGAGAUCGACGAGAUCGUGCGCGACCUGGUGCGCCGCGGUGCGCCGCUCGAUGCCGUCGACUGCUACGGCCAGACGCUUUUCCACGCGGCCAUCCGCAUGCGCAACGCGCAGAUCCUGGGCAUCAUCGCCGCGGGCUUCGCCAACGUACUGGCGUGCAACUCCGAGGGCGAGACGGUGCUGCACGCGCUGGUCAGCCGUUGCAUCGACGACGAGCGCCAGCAGGAGGACGCCUACGCCGAGGUGGCGCGCAUGCUCGUGGCCAAGGGCGCGUUGCCCGGGCGCAAGGACAAGCGCGGCAUGUCGGCCGUGCACCUGGCCGCGCAGUACAAGUACGCGGGCCUAGUACGCGCUAUGGCGGAGGGCGGCGCCGGCGCGGACCUGCGCGCCUGCACGGACGAGGGCGCGAGUCUGCUGCACAUCGCCGCGGGCCGGCUGGCCGGCAUGGAGGACGAGAUGGCCGACCGCGCGAUCGUCGAGCUGGCCGUGACCGCCGGCUGCCCACUCGACCAGCCGGGGCCGCGCGGCGGCUGGGCGCCGCUGCACCUGGCCGCCUCCAGCGGUAACCUUGCGGUAGCGCGCCGCCUGCUGGAGCUGGGCGCGGCGGUAGACUGCCGCAGCGACGACCUGCUCACGCCGCUGCACAUGGCGGCGAUGCGCGCGGGCGCGGCCGCGCGCCACGUGCUCGAGCUGCUGGCCGCACGCGGCGCGGACGUGAACGCGCGCUGUCGCGAUGGCUCGACGGCGCUGCAGCUGGCCUGCUCCGAUUUGGCGGCGCCGCUCGAGAUGGUGCGCGCGCUGCUGCGCCACGGCGCUGACGCGGCCUACUGCGGCGGCCGCGAGUCCGCCACCGCGCUUCACCUGGCCGCUCGCGGCCGCUGCCCCGAGACCUGCGAGCUGCUGGUGCGCGCCGGCGCCGACGUGGACGCGCCGAGCGCGCGCGACGGCUCGACGCCGCUGCACUGUCUGUGCGAAGCGCCGACCGGCGGCGAUCUGGCCGUCGCCGCACGGCUGCUGGCGCUGGGCGCCGCGGCGGGCAGCCGUGGACGGCGCCGCGACCGCGCGAGCGCGCUGCACCUGGCGGUGCGGCGACGAGCGCCGCGCGAGCUGCUUGGGCUGCUGGCGCGCGCCGGCGCCGACGUGGACGCGCGCACGGCCGACGGCGACACGCCGCUGCACGAGGCGGCGCGCAGCACCGCCGGCCCCGAGGACCACGCGGUGGCCGGCCUGCUGGAGCUGGGUGCGCGCACGCGGCUAUGCAACGCGCGCGGCCACACGCCGCUCGACUGCGCCGUGAUGGCCGGCUGCAGCCUCGGCUUCUACCUGCUGCUCAAGUUCGCCGUGGACCUGGACCAGCCGCUGCCCGCGGAGGUGCACGCGCUCGUGCUGGCCAACCGCGAGAUGUCCAGCUACCUGGUCAGCCACCUGGCCAAGUUGCAGUCAGCCGGCCUGCCCGUUGGGCCGCAUUGGCUAACCGCGGUCGGCGUGUCGACCUCUGCGCAACUGCUCACGCAGGGCGUUGACAAGUACAGGCAGGAGGUCGAGGCGCUGCGGGCGCGGCCGGUUGGGGACGGGGUCUCGCUCUACGACCUGCUGCACAUGCCGCGAGCCCGCCGACUGGUUUACCUAGACGACGACCGCUGCCUCGAUCUCGCCGAUAUAGAGACCCAGUUUCCCCAUUACUACGGCUUCAUUUGGAGGCUCGCCUUCGAGGCUCGGGAGCGCAAGCUCAUCUUUGAUCAGGCUGUGCGCGCCCUGGAACAACUUAGUAGGAUACGCUUACCCGAUAGUUGUGUCCAGUUGAUCUUUCACUUAUUGACCAAUGAGUGCUUGAAAAACAUGAUAGAUGCGGCCAAGACUUGUUGAAGGUUAUCUAGCCGAAUGCCUCCCUUAUAUAUUUUUAUUUUUCUACUUGCUUCUUUUAUUUAUUACGUUAAUAAUACGACCCUAAUUUCUUUGUUCGAAUAGGUCGUGCACGAAACGUCUCGAAAUUUGUAUGUAAAUUGUAUUUUUAUAUUUAAUACGUUCAAUUUAAAAGGAAUUAUAAAUAUCUUUCAACAUGCCGUGCAGAAAGCACGACUCAGCAAAAGACCUGCACUCAUAGUGCUGCUCUUUCCACGCGUUGUUUCAAACAUAACAUAGCUGACAUGUUCGGGAAAGAGAUUAUCGUCUCGUGUGCCUUUCCACCCUCUCAUUACUCAGGCGUAAACCUCAUACGAGAGAAGUAUCUACUUUCCGACACUAGUUUGGUAAUGUAUUAUAUACGCAUCCAUACGAUAUUAGACAAUAAUCGUCGAUUUUUCAUUAUUUUUAUAUAAUGUAAAAUAAUAUGUAUGUACAAAUAAAUUCCUCGAACGAGUUUGUUCAAUACAUAAAAUAUGUAAACGUUGAACAAAUAUAAAUUAUUCUAAACAAUAAAUGCAGCUUAAGCUUUUUAAUAACUUGUAAAUAAAAAAUUUUUCAUCGCUCAUUUCUAUUAACGUUAAAAGAAGUGAAUUGAUUUGAAAGUAAAGUUUAGCCAAAGCUCUGAGUAUUCCAACUUUGUUCGCUUUGAAAUGAGGAUUUAAGUCGUAUGAACGCGAGAUAAGUGAGCUGAAAAUCAAUGCAGAAAAAUCAUUUGGCAUGCAGAAAUUUUUCAAACGAAGUUGUGCUGUAAGCUAAGACGUGAAAGAAUUCGACUUAUAAUCAAAAUAUAAUAAUUUUUCUACCUGACUUUAGAACAAGCAAAUUCUUCCAGCACCAAAAUGAUUUUCAUCUCUAAUUUAGCUUAAAGCGGAAUUCUUCUAGCUCUUAAACCAUAUAUUUUUGUCACAAAAGGAUAUUUUCCCGCUACAAGAGAAUUUGUUAUUGCAAGUUUCUUUCUAUGAUUUAAGAUUACUGCCCUCUUGUAAAAACAAUAUUAUUUUUAUCCGUGACAAUAAACAUUUAGAAUAAAGCUCUAAUCCAAUGAUCAACAACACCUAGAGAAAUUAGGUGUCCGCAUUUGUGCACAAAUAUUUAGCACAAACUAAAAUGUAAAAACUUGUGAGUAAAAUUCAAUAAAAAUUGAAUAAAACAGUAGGCUAACUCCUUCAAUGGUAAAAGUAUUGGAAACUCAUUGGUAAAGAUCAGUUACCUAUAUACUAUUUUUUUUUUAACGAAUAAGCUUCGUUGGUUUAGUAGCUAUUGAAC